CCGCUGAAAAUUAGAGGAGGAAAAGGAAAAUACAACUCUCUAUUCUCUCUCUCCCUGACUGUUUCGUGGGCUUUGGCUGUUUUUGGGGGUCCGACAAAAGCGGUUUUCGGAGUAGGAAGCGAAUCUGCAAUUUUUUUUUUUUUCUUUUUCUUUUGUUUCCUCCGUGGUGUUUUGAACGCGCAAGGAGGACGAUUUCGACGAGAAUCGAUCUUGUUCUUUUUGAUAUAUAUGUGUGUGUAAUACAGUAUAUAUUUGGAUCUGCUGGCUAUAAGAGCAUAGAGUUUGAGGGUAGAUAUAUAUAUACGUGUGUGUAUAUCAGUUCUAUUUUUCUUCUAGGGUUUGAUUGAUGAUUAGAGUCUGACGCCAUGAGGAAAAAGCUCGAUACUCGCUUUCCUGCUGCUCGAAUUAAGAAGAUAAUGCAAGCUGACGAGGAUGUGGGGAAGAUUGCUAUGGCUGUACCUCUUCUAGUUUCUAAAGCUUUGGAACUGUUUCUGCAAGAUCUAUGUGACCGUACAUAUGAGAUCACUCUUCGGAGGGGUGCAAAGACAAUGAACUCUUUUCAUUUAAAACAGUGUGUACAGAGCUUUAAUGUGUUUGAUUUCUUGCGGGAGAUUGUCAGCAAGGUUCCUGAUUUAGGUGGCAGUGAUGCUGUCGGUGAGGAUAGAUCUGUUGCCAAAAGAAGGAAAGUUGCUGAUGGUGAAGACAAUGACAGUGAUGACGAUAUAAAGAAAGUCAGGAUGGUAAAUCAUGAAACUGGACACACAAGUAGCACUGGCAGAGGAAGGGGAAGGGGUAGGGGUAGGGGUCGUGGACGAGGUAGUCGAACAGUAGAGAGAGAAACAACUACUCAUAGUGAGAAGUUCGAAGAUGAUCCAGACAUUUCUCUGCACAAUGAGAAGCAAGAGCAAAACCAUGAAAGGCUAGACAAUGGGACAGAUCCUGAAGAUUCAAAGGCAAAUAUUGUGGCUGGUAAGACGUCAGAAGUACCAGUACGCAACUUUGACCUCAACGUGGGCUUGGAUGAGAAUGGGGAUUCAACAACCAUGGUAGCCUCCACCCCUGCUCGGCCAUCGCCAAAGUGUGCUCCUCCUGAAUUGAAACACGAGGAAUACCCUGGCUGGUCGCUUGCUGACAUGGAAAAAAUGGCUAUAGACCCCAUUCAACUUGCCAAUUUGAAUAGAAGUAUAGAUGAGGAGGAAGAAGACUAUGAUGAAGAAGGAUAGAUAAACUCACUGCAAUUAGCUAGCUUUUGUGGUAGCUUAUAAAUCAUACAGGUUGGUAGGUCCUUAGUUUCUUAUAUGAUUGUGGAGUAGUAGAUAUUGACAUAGUAUUGUUGAGACAGACAGGUAGGAGUUUAGGGAAACAAGGAAAAAGGAAAUUGCACAGUGGUAUUGCUAGACGAUGCUGAGAAGCGGGUGGUUUUUCGUCUUGGUUUUUCUCGAUGUUUGUACAAUAUGCUUCUAUACCAUCCGCUAACAGCAACACUUCAAGAACACAUUGAUUUCCCUUAUAAUUUGGAAAUCUGUCUAGAAUUGUGUAACUUUUCCCUUGUUUGGAUUAGAAUGUCAUCUGUGUUUUAAUUGUUUUUGUUGUUCUUUUA